CCAGCUUUUUGGGCCACACCCGCGUUACAGCUCGAAAUCCCACGCGUCAGACGCGUCACGAUCUAUUUUUAAGUGCAGCUGUCGUAAGAGAACGCGUACGGCACAAAAACGCGGCCGCCAGGGGCACCAGCAGCACCCACCCUACAAUGGCCUCGCAGCAGCAGCCGCCACAGCCGCCAGCCACCUACACAAACCUCCAGGCCGCCGCGGAGGACGGCGCCGUAGAAACACGGAACCCCCUAGCGCCGCCGCCGCCGACUGGCGCCGACGAGCCGAGACCGACGGGCGCCGCCGAGCCGCUGCAGCCACCAAUCGAACCGGAGGAACCGGACGGUUCAAAAUUUCGCGCGGUAGUAGCUAUAGUAAGGUGCAUGGUCGGCCCCGCGGCUUUGUACAUCCCCAAGGGCUUCGCCGACGCCGGUCUUGGAGGAGGCCUCGUUUGUGUGACAAUAGCCAUGGCGUUGUUUGCCUUCGGCAUGGCGCGAUUGAUAGCCUCGUGGCGCCACGCGCGCGCCAGCGGCGUAACCACACCAGGCUUGGACGGCGUCGCCUACGCCUUAGCGGGCAAGUGGGCGGGGCACCUGGCCACGUUCUGCGUCACGGCGAUGCAGUGCGGCGUCGGGGUUACGUACUACAUAUUUGUCGCGGAGAAUAUUGAUAUGUUGGCGCCGUCUCGUUAUAAUCUUACGAUGGGGGCGGUCAUCUUGGCCAUGGCCGUCGUCGAGGCGCCUCUAUCACUAUUUAAAAGAUUACAGCGGCUCCACGGCUUGAACGCGGCGGGCAAUUUGUUGGUGGCUCUUGCAUUAUUGACGAUUUUUGCCGUGGCGCUGGAGCGAUUAGACAGAGAAGGCCCGGCGCCCUCGAACUACGGCGUCGGCCCGCCGGGCAAGGUCUUAACUUUCGCGGGCACGGCGGUCUUCGCCUUUGAGGGGACCGCUUCCAUAGUAGUUCCCGUCUGCGACGCGACGGCGCGCGCGCACCGGGGGUCGUUGGAGUAUGUGGUUGUCGGCGCGACGGCGGCGGUGGCGCUGGCCUACGCCUUGUUUGGCAUCGCUUGUUCUUUAGCUUUCGGGCGCCGCGUCGACGUCAUCGUGGCCGAGUCGCUGCCGCAGACGUGGUGGCCCGGCGGGCUGGUGCGCCUGGCUUACGUCCUUGUGGUCUUGGUGACGUUUCCUCUCCAGCUCUUUCCGGUCUCCGACCUCGUGUCGCGCGGGCGCCAAGGGUGGUGGAGUGCGCUGCCGCGGCUGGCGCUCGUCGGCGUGCUGGCUCUGUUGGCGUUUGCGUUCCGGCACCGCCUCGACCACGUCGUGUCGCUGCUGGGGGCCCUGGCCUGCGCGCCGCUUGCGCUGGUCGUGGGGCCGUGGGCGCAUUUGAGCGUCGCGGCGACGCCGCGGGCGCGCCUGCUCGACCGGGCGUGCAUCUGCGUCGGGUGGGUGAUCUGCGUCGCGGCGACGGCGAACGCGCUGGUGACGUGGCGGGACGCGGCGUCGUGACGUCACUGACGAUCCUUGUUGUUUUUUAUUUGUGGAUAUUAGUGUAUAGUACUACUAGUAGUAUUC